AUGGCGGCACCGCUGGCUUCGCCGGGCCACCGCAGCCGCUUCGAGCAGGAGCAGGAUCGGGCUGUCCGCGCGCUGGUACGCAGCGUGACCGGCUUGCCCGAGGAGGAGCUGGGCGGCGGCCCGUUCCAGACGGCGCUGAAUUUCGCUUGGUCCAACUUCAGAUUUCACCGUUUUCUUGAUGUGAACAGUCACAAAGUAGAGAGGACAAUAGAAGGAAUACAUGAAAAAUUGAUAGUUCAUUCUGACCUCGGAAAAGCUGCAAGCUGGAAAAGACUGACAGAAAAGUUUCUAAACUCGCCACUCCCCGGUGUUGAAGAAACAAAGACAGAUACACACUAUUCCAUACUGUCUCUUCUGUUGUGUUUGUCUGAUUCUCCAUCCAACACCACCUAUGUGGAAAAACCAAGAGACAAAGAAGUGGAAAAGGAAGAAGAAUUUGAUUGGGGAAAAUAUUUGAUGGAAGGAGAAGAAAUUUACUUUGGUCCUGGUAUAGAAACACCAGAUUGGUCUGAAGAAAGUGAAGAGGAGGAAGAUACUCAGCCUUUAAGCAGGGAAGACUCGGGUAUUCAAGUGGAUAGGACACCUUUAGAAGACCAAGAUCCAAAUAAGAAAGCAGUACCUAAUGUUUCCUGGAAAGUUGGUGAAGCUGAUGCUCGCAGCUGGUUGGAGCAGCAUGUAGUUCCUCAGUACUGGACAGGAAGAGCUCCUCGCUUUUCUCAUAGUUUGCACUUGCAUUCCAACCUGGCUGCAGUCUGGGACCACCAUUUGUAUACCAGUGAUGCUUUAUAUGUGCCAGAAGAGAGAACGUUAGUCACUGAAACUCAGGUUAUACGGGAAACACUUUGGCUACUUUCAGGAGUGAAAAAGCUUUUUAUAUUUGAGCUGAAUGACGGAAAAGUGGCUGUGCAGAAUGAUAUUAUUGUAACUCAUUUAACCCAUAAUUGCCUGAGAUCUGUGUUGGAGCAGAUAGCGGCAUAUGGUCAAGUUGUGUUUAGACUACAGAAGUUUAUUGAUGAAGUGAUGGGUCACAGUCCGGAAAGCAUAAUGCAGGGAACGGUUUCCACUCCAAAGAAAACUACCGAAGCCCCAUUCAGAACCUACCAAGCUUUCAUGUGGGCCUUGUAUAAAUAUUUCAUUAGCUUUAAAGAAGAACUUACUGAAAUUGAAAAAUGCAUAAUCAACAAAGAUAAAACAGUCACACUUUCAAUAGUAAUAGAUAAGUUGUCUCCCCGACUGGCACAGCUGAAGGUGCUUCACAAAGUUUUCAGCACGGGAGUAGCAGAAGUGCCACCUGACACUAGAAAUGUUGUACGAGCAUCUCACCUGCUUAAUACUCUCUACAAGGCAAUUCUUGAAUAUGACAGUGUUGGAGAAGCAUCUGAACAAACGGUAUCACUUCUGUUCUCUCUCUGGGUUGAAACUGUGAGGCCGUACUUACAGACAGUGGACGAGUGGAUAGUCCAUGGUAAUUUGUUUGAUCCUGCAAAGGAGUUUAUUAUUCAGAGAAAUAAAAAUGUUCCGGUUAAUCACAGGGACUUUUGGUAUGCUACCUACACUCUAUAUAGUGUGUCAGAGAAGACAGAGAAUGAGGAGAAGAUGAGUGAUAAUGCCAGCGCCAGUUCUGGCAGUGAUCAGGCCCCUUCAAGCACACAACACACUAUGGUCUCAUUCCUGAAACCUGUGCUAAAGCAAAUCAUCAUGGCUGGAAAAUCCAUGCAGUUGUUGAAGAAUCUUCAAUGCAAAGAUGGCUCUCCACAGCAGACCGCAUCAAGAGAUGCUGAACGAAAGAGUUUGUAUACACUCUUCUUGGAAUCGGUGCAGUCCCGUCUGCGGCACGGCGAAGAGUCUGUUCCAGACAUUAUUACAGAACAGCAGGCCACAAAGCAGAGCCUGAUAAAGAUGCAGUCUAUAGCAGAAAGACAUUUGGAACUGGAUGAUGUUCAUGACCCACUGCUGGCUAUUAAUUUUGCCAGAUUAUAUUUGGAACAGAGUGACUUUCACGAGAAGUUUACUGGUGGAGAUGUUUGUGUGGAUAGAUCCUCAGAAUCUGUGACCUGCCAGACUUUUGAACUCACAUUGAGGUCUUGCCUUUAUCCGCACAUACACAAGCAAUACUUGGAAUGCUGUGGUAAUCUAAUGCAAACUUUGAAGAAGGAUUAUAGGCUUGUAGAAUAUUUGCAGGCAAUGAGAAACUUUUUCUUACUUGAAGCUGGAGAUACCAUGUAUGACUUCUAUACAUCUAUUUUUGACAAAAUUAGAGAAAAGGAAGCUUGGCAGAAUCUUUCUUUCUUAAAUGUUCAGCUUCAAGAAGCAGUUGGGCAACGCUAUCCAGAAGAUAGUUCAAGGUUAUCUAUAUCAUUUGAAGCUGUUGACGCAGCAAAGAAGAAACUCCCUGUCCACACCUUAGAUGGCCUGACACUGAGUUACAAGGUUCCUUGGCCUGUGGAUAUAGUUAUAAGCUUAGAGUGUCAAAAAAUUUACAAUCAAGUUUUUCUGCUCUUACUGCAAAUAAAGUGGGCUAAGUAUAGUCUAGAUGUUCUACGAUUUGAUGAACUAGUCUGUGCCGCAGAAAAUCCACAGGUUAAGGAAGGACCUUCACUAGAACAAGGAACACUUCCUGUAUUUGGACCACAAACUGAAAGUAUAAAACAACAAAUACAUCGCAUGUUCCUCUUAAGAGUGAAACUUAUGCAUUUUGUUAACAGCCUGCACAACUACAUCAUGACAAGGAUUCUUCACAGUACAGGCUUGGAGUUUCAACACCAGGUAGAAGAAGCUAAAGAUCUGGAUCAGUUGAUAAAGAUUCAUUACAGAUAUCUAUCUACAAUCCAUGACCGCUGCCUCCUGAGAGAAAAGGUGAGCUCUGUGAAAGAAGCUAUAAUGAAAGUGUUAAAUUUAGUACUGAUGUUUGCAGACCGUUGGCAGGCUGGUUUAGGGGCUUGGAAGAUGGAAUCCAUAGAGAAGAUGGAAUCUGAUUUUAAAAACUGUCACAUGUUCCUUGUAACUGUUCUCAACAAAGCUGUCUGUCGAGGCUCUUUUCCUCACUUGGAAUCUUUGGCUUUGUCACUGAUGGCUGGCAUGGAACAAAGUUACCACCUGAGUCCAUUGAAUUAUUAAAUAACUGAAAGGAGCAUUUAUGAUGAAACUCCCUUGUUAAAAAAAUGUAAGCAUUUUACACUCCAGUUUGAAAUGUGUAUAGCUAAAUGAGGCUGA